UUACUUAGAUCAAAUCAAGUUUAUCGAAGCUUCCAUUGAAAGUAUGAAAAUAGCAGACCUAAAUGGUCAUUUGAAUAAAUAAAACAGCGCAAGAAACGGUUAACACCUCCCACUUGUUUUUACAACGGUAUCUCUUUCCUUCUUUGCAGGCCAGUUUCAAACGCCGCAUUACACAAAAACGUGUGUUAUAUGUGAUCCGUAUUUGUCGUUUUAGAGCACGAAUGAGUUUUAUACCAUUUUAAAAAAAAUCUACGUGGAGUAGUGUUAAGAUAUUUCUAUAAGAGAAGCAUUCUAAGAUGAUGGUAGAGAACAAAGGCCAAGGCUCAAAGGGUGUUUUAAGGUCUAUUUCCAACUCCAAAUCAUUUUCAAUAUGAUCAAAACUUCAUUAGUGACUUUAAAGGUUCGAAUUCCUCUGAUACUGGCAUAUAUAACAACACUCAUUGUUACUUCACACUUUUUCCAUUAUUAAGUCCUCUGUAGCGAUGCCGUACACCCCAACUAAUAUAUCUGGUGAAAGGUAUUGAGGAGGCUAACGAUAAGUAUUAGUAAUUGUCAUCCUACAGCAAGUUUUUCGGGACAAUUCUCCAGACAACACUUACCAUACAUCGAAUUUUAAGAUACCGUUUACUUGAAUAAGGAAAGUAAAAACGUUAUAUUGCCUUUUUUCACCUUCUACAAAAAUUUAAGCCUAAUGUCAUUAUUUUUGUACAAAAAGUGGAAAUGAUAUGUGAACUUUAAGACACAUAUUUAUUCCCUUUCUUCGAAAUGCGAUCAAAGAAGAAAAUUAUUUUUACUUGUAAUCUCACCUUAUCUAAAAAUGACUGAACUUAACGGUGUUAGUGACUCCUACUUUUUUUUUCCAUUUAGGUUGAAGUUUUUUUACCUGUUUCAUAUUUUUACUUAAAGAGACAGAAUAAAUAUUUCAUUUUUGAUAACUUAUCAUCCUUAUGAAUGAGGUUCGUUGCUGUUUUUGCAUCUUCUCCUUCUCUUGCCAAGCUUCGUUCGGUGGAGUUUAUCGAGGUAGCACGCACACUACAUAUCGAUAUCACUGUCGUGGAUGAUUUUGAUUGGCUUCAGGGUGAUGAAAAUAAUGUGUUUUGUGUCUUUGAUAGUAAUAGCGCUCAAAAAGAUGAUAUUAGAAAACGGAUCGAACAGAUAGCAAGCCGAUGCAUUCUUCUACGGGGAAUAUAUGUACUUCUGCAGGGUGCCCCAAGUCUAGAGGUCCUCAUUCAAUGGUGUCUUGAUCGGAAGUCUGGGGUCUCCGACACGGAAGCAACACCAGCUGUUCUUCUUGGCGAAAACGAAGACCAAUUCUCUCAUUGUUGCUUUUGUUAUGAAGUAGAGACUAUCGGUAAAAAAUAUAGCAUGGAUGAAAAAAAGAAGAUUAUGGACUUUUUCGUUAGUCGACGCUCCAAAGCGAAUGGAUCACCAUCUAUUGUAGAUUAUAAAUCCCCAACUUAUCGUUUUUUUAUCAUGAUUCAGCAUUCUGUUUCGGACGCGCCACCUAGAUCACAGGGACCAUGGAAGUCAGAUGGCCCUGUGGAACGUGUUUUUCACGUCCUUCAUCUGUGCGAAUCUAACCGAUGCCAGAUGCUCGGAAAGUAUGACCUCAAGAAGCGGCCGUACAUCGGUACGACCUCCAUGCCACCCGAAGAGGCCAUUGCGAUGGCAAAUAUAUGCGGUAUUCAAGCAGCUCACUACGUCUGUGAUCCUUUCUGUGGGACUGGCAGUUUGCUCGUUGCCGCGGCUCAUUGUGGGGCUCACACAAUCGGCAUGGACGCCGACGGCCGUACAAUGCGAAGCGGCAGUCAGAAGGUCUCUUCUAGUUUACAAAUGCAGCAGCAACGCAAAUUAGCGCUCAGUGUUUACUCAGAGGAAGAGUUAUCCGUCCUGACACCUGAGGAGCGCCUCCUGCCGUCCAUGAAAUCAAACUUCAGACUAUACGGAUUACGUCCACCCGAGUGCAUACGCAUGAACUUCUCAAACUGGAAGAGUUGUUUUCGAGGGGUUGAAAAUUUUGACGUGAUUCUAAGUGAUCCCCCCUACGGCCUUCGUGAGCCACGUAAAAGGAUCGAGAAGAUGGGCCAUUCCUCACCCUCUUCCGAGUAUCCUGAUGACUUCAAAGGUGGAUCGGCCAAGUUCCUAGUAUCAUCCUAUAGCACCCAUGAGGUCGCGCUGGAUUUGGUGUUGUUUGCGGCCGAGCACUUGCGUGUGGGGGGCCGCCUGGGGUUCUGGUUCCCCACCACCGAUCACUAUACCCGUGAUGAGCUCCCGCGGCAUCCCUGCCUGGAGCUCGAGGACGACCGUCCGCAACGCCUUUCCCUCAAGGUCGUUCGCCGAUUGGUCGUCCUGCGUAAAGUAGCCCCCAUGCCAGCGCGCCCUGUUACACGCGAGGACUGCGUGCCACUCCAAAUCCCUGAGGACCUACGGCAGCUGAUGGAUCGCACUUCCCUUCCCGAUAACAAGGACUAUACCCAUUACCGCGCCAAGGUGCUCCGCAAACGUCAGGCCUCCAGUCGGUUUCGCGCCGAAAGGGCGCUCGGUUCCGAAGCUCGGGAACCCCCAGAGGGACGCCCAGCAGGGGUGGACGAUGGCCCGCUACAAUCAAUCAAGUGCAGCGAAGAGAAUGAGGGUGUGACCCACCACCAGAAAAAGGGUAAGCCGAUAUCGCAAGAAAUGAUCGUUACCAACCGCGAGAAAAAUAUUCGAAUUCGUAAAGAAAAGCAAAUAGCUUCUCAUAUCGAAAAUGCAUUAGCUUCUGCGCACGCUUCCCAAGCCCGAGUCCAAAUGAAUACGACGAAUCAUAAAUGA